CCAAGUCCUUCCACCCCCCCCCCCAAUUGACUCGCUUUUCCGUCACCAACCGCCUGUAAGGCCGCCUCGACUCCGUUCUCGCUCACUCCCUCUCUCUAUCUUUCCCCUCCCUCUCUUCUCUCGUUCUCUUCCUCCUUUCUUUUCGCCCUUGUUCCCGCAGCGGACGCAAAGAAUCUCAAUCUCUCGGUCCCUUCGCCAGGCGCAGGCUGCGACAACCCUAGGUGUGAUCUAUCGGAGAUUUGCUACAGUCCUACGUUUGAUCCCUUCUCCGAGGGAGGGAUGUUCUUCAUGGGGGACGCCUCCACCCGCAAACGAGUGGAUUUGGGUGGACGGAGCUCGAAGGAGAGUGACCGGCAGGUGUUAUUGGAACAGGCACGGCUUGAUAGGAAGCGCCGGUUAGUGCAUCGACAGCAAACGUCAGCAGCGAUAAAGAUCCAGAAAUGCUUCAGAGGGAUGAAGGAUGUCAAGAUGGCACGAACAGAAGUGCGGCAGCAAUUCCAUGUUACCUAUGGGGACCGUGGUGAAAGGGCAGAUUGGCAUUGCUUUGGUCCUGACUCAGAGUUUCUUCGCCAGCUGCUUUUCUUCUUUACUGCAAAUAACAUUAGCGAUGUUACACUUCUUGUGGAAGCUUGUCGACUGCUUCUGCAGUAUCGUCAGCAGAGUGGCAAUAUUAUUACCCUUUUUGCUGGUUUGGACUAUCCUCUAAAGCGUUCACUAGUGGAUCUUAGAGUAAAAAAACUUGCAUAUGCUUGUCUUCAAGCAAUCUUCCAUAAUAGGAAUCAUUAUAAGGACAAAGUACUGAUGCCAUCCACGAGCUCUGAUUGGCCAACAGUUGCCUUAUUCGAAACAGUAGCUUGUUUAACAAAUCCUGAACUUCCAUGGAACUGUAGUGUUAUUGAUUAUCUGUUGGAGAGAAAAGUUUUUUUGCUGUUACGUUGCAUCAUUCUAGCUGGCGUGCACGACGUGAAAUCUCCUGAGCUUCGUGUUAAUGCAUCUGCGUUGGAGCAUGUUCUUAUCAGUCUUGUUUCGCAUGUUGGUCAGCAACCAUGCCAUUGUUCAAAUGCAGAUCCAAGAAGGAAUUUUUCGUUGCAAAUUCUUUCCAUUCCCUUUCUGUGGCAUCAUUUGCCAUUUUUCAAAGAGGUUUUUUGGGCCAAGGGUUUAGGCAGGCAUUAUAUUCAUCAAAUGGCCAAUUUUUUGCCUAGUCAUGCUGGUGUCCUUCCAGAUUAUAUAGUACAAGAGUAUCCUGGUCAUGCCUGCUUGCUUGGGAAUUUACUUGAGGUUGCUGGAGUUGUUUUAUCUGAUCCAAGCACUACUUAUCAUACAGCAAUUGAUUUUCUGACUGUUUCGACAUUUUUAUUGGAAGUAUUGCCUUCCGUAGACUCGUCACCUGUACAAAAACCAGUUGAUGAUGAAUUAACAAUGGAUGACGAAGUUCUAAGUCCAGAUUUACAGAAGCAGAUAUCCAGUUCAAUAGAUUCACGCCUUUUACAGCAUUUGGUGAAUGCUUUGUUAAAGGCUACAUGUCCAACUGGUUAUUCUGAUAAGACUUGGCCAUCUAAUGUAGAAGUGGAAGCAAUAAGUGCUGUUUGCACUUUCCUUCAUGUUACAUUCUGUACGCUGCCUCAUGAACUCAUCAUGACCCUACUAGCCUACAGAACUGAGCUUCUUCCUGCUCUUUGGAAUUAUAUAAAGCGAUGCCAUGAGAAUCAAAGAUGGCCAUUCUAUUCUACGCUCACAGCGCAUAUACCUGGAGAUACUCCAGGUUGGCUGUUGCCUCUGGCAGUUUUUUGCCCUUUGUACAAGCACAUGCUAAAGUUUGUUGAUACCGAAGAAUUCUAUGAGCAGGAAACACCAGUUAAAAUAAAGGAUAUUCCAUCUUUGGUUAUCAUUAUAAAGCAGGCAUUAUGGCAGCUCCUAUGGACAUUACAUGGGCAUGUGUCGUCUCAAAGAUCAUCAAGAUCUCUUCUGGAUGAUAAGAAGCUGUCUGUGGAACUAAUUAACCGUAAAGCCAGGGUUGCAAUGUCCGAGCUUCUGAGCCAGUUGCAAGACUGGAACAAUAGAAGGCAGUUCAUGUCUGCUGAUGAUUUCCAUCUUCAAGAAGCAAGGAGUGAAACUUUUGUUUCUCAGGCCUUACUUGGAAAUACUCGAGCUUCUGAUAUAUUAAAACAAGCUCCAUUCUUAGUGCCAUUUACAAGCAGGGUCGAAAUUUUCACUUCAGAGUUAGUGGCUUCUAGACAAAGAAGUGGAGCUCAUCCUGCUUUAGUUAGAUGCAGAUUCAAAAUAAGAAGAAAUCGAAUACUUGAAGAUGCUUUCAAUCAACUGCAUACAUUAUCAGAGGAUGAUCUAAGAGGACCCAUUCGGAUAUCUUUUGUUAAUGAAUUUGGAGUUGAGGAGGCUGGGAUUGAUGGUGGUGGAAUUUUUAAAGAUUUUAUGGAGAACAUAAUCCAGGCUGCUUUUGAUGUCCAGUAUGGGCUAUUCAAGGAAACACCCAAUCAUCUUCUUUAUCCGAAUCCUGGGUCAGCAUUAGUUCACGAACAACAUCUUCAGUUUUUCCAUUUUCUUGGGACUCUCCUCGGGAAGGCUAUGUAUGAGGGCAUCCUCGUGGACAUACCAUUUGCAGCAUUCUUCCUUAGCAAAUUGAAAGAGAAGAGCAACUUUUUGCAUGACUUGCCGUCACUAGAUCCAGAGUUGUAUCGACACCUUCUCUUUUUAAAGCAUUAUAAAGGUGAUGUUUCAGAGUUGGAACUGUAUUUUGUUGCUGUAAACAAUGAAUAUGGUGAACAAACAGAAGAGGAGCUAAUCCCUGGUGGAAAAAAUCUGCGUGUUACCAAGGACAACGUUAUUGCCUUCAUUCAUCUUGUUGCAAAUUAUCGCCUAAAUUUUCAGAUUCGCACUCAAAGCUUGCAUUUUUUACGAGGAUUCCAACAACUUGUACAAAAGGAAUGGAUUGAAAUGUUCAAUGAACAUGAAAUUCAGCUUCUUAUAUCAGGUUCGCUUGAAAGCAUGAAUGUGGAUGAUCUGCGCUCAAAUACCCGUUAUACUGGUGGAUAUCAUCAUGAACAUCAAGUCAUUGAGAUGUUAUGGGAAGUUCUCAAAAGCUUUUCUCUGGAGUAUCAGAAGAAAUUUCUUAAGUUUGUAACCGGAUGUUCUAGAGGUCCACUUCUCGGUUUCAAGUAUCUUGAACCGAAAUUCUGCAUACUGAGGGCUGCUCCUUUGGAUGCCUCUGAAGAGGAUCUUGAUCGCCUACCGACAUCAGCCACUUGCAUGAAUCUGCUGAAGUUACCACCAUAUCAAAGUAAAGCACAAAUGCGAACCAAAUUGAUCUACGCAAUAAGUGCAGAUGCUGGUUUUGAUUUGAGUUGAUGAUCGAUCCCUGCUGCCUGUACACACAUGAUUCGCAGCGUAGAUGAUUCGUUAUGACUUUGGAGCUCCUAACUUGGUCUGAUUUGUGUGCUUGUGGUGGCCACACUAAGGCAGGUGCAGGAUUUACUUCUGAAGCUCCGAGAACCUGUAAAUAUAUGGUUGUGAGUAGAAUACGCACUUAGUAUAGACGAUACAGAAUUUGUAACAUAACAAAGUGGAAAUGGCAAACAUGUGUCUGUCUGUUACGAGUCCAACAUGUAAAGUAAAUUUGAUGGCACCGUAUCAAAUGCUCAACAAACAUGCCUCCGCCCACCUUUCUAAAUAGAUAUAUCCGUUAGGAAAGCAGUUGGGCCUCUUACACUUCAUGGAUGAUGACAAAAGUCGAGUACGUGUAGUAGUCGUUUCAGGUGGACCUGAAUAUAAGAACGUAAAAGAAUGCCAUGUUUGUUUGA